AGCAAUACUUGCGCUGCGUACGAAACGCUUCUUCAGCGCGCCUCCACUAAGCUCUGGGCCUCUCUCCUCUCCAUCGCCAUUCUGUUGGUUUCUAGUGGGCCCGGGCUCAAGAUCGCUGGCUGCAUCUGAGCCAGUCUUCCUGCCCUCAGACCUCGCGCGAUAUCGCAAGCUCAACUCACCUCUCGACCAUCACGAUCCAAUUAUGUCGACGUCGAGGGGCUUAGCUGUCUCGCAAAGCGAGGGCGUGGCUGCGACCCGGCGUGGCGCGUCAAGCGGACCCCUUACGACGUGUGCGCCGAGUCAAGCGACAGCGUUUUCCCUCGGUACCGGCAGCAACACCUCCCUUCGUGCCCAACUGCGCAAGGAACGCCGAAGAGAAGUCUCCUGCGCGAGUACCUCUGCUGGGAGUGAAGCGUUGAAGGUUGCCGGCUCGUCCGACGCGUUGGCCUCAGCAGCGACAUUCGGUCCAUCCAGCGUCCCACCGCCCACCAGUUCGACGGCCCCUCUGGUUUCCAGCCGCAAGAGACUCGCUCCCAAUGCCGCAGGCCAUCCUCUCAACGCGCCAAAAUCAAGAGAGUCUGUGAUCAGCUCCGAUGAGCACCGGAAGCCCCACCGCAGUCACAGUCCUUUGCCGCCCGCAGAGCCUACAUCUAUUUCGGCCCACGAAGCUCAGCCUCCCAGCAGUCUGCCCUUUGAUCCAGAUCGGAGUGUGAGUGUAGCAUGAGAGCCUUGUUGAAGAAGCUCACGCCCUGCUGACCACCUCGUUUGACUGUCCUCAGCUCGGAGUCGAAGCGCUACAUUCCGCUUUCAGUGCCAAAUGGAACGAAAUGACGGGCAAAUACUACGAAAUGGCCAAGAAGUGUCGAGAUUGGGAACGUUACUGCGCCAAGCUUCGCAUACAGGUGAGCGGGAACCAUGCCGCUCCAUAUCUAAGUUCAAUUGAUUCGACGUGCGUUGCUUCU